AUGCUCAGAGCCACUGGCGACGCCUUGGUGAAUGCAGCCACGCUCACUCUCACGCCCGCCCAGCCGUCCAAGGCUGGCAGUGUGUUCCUGGCAGCGCGCGUGCCGCUCUUCUCCUACCAGCUCAUCGGGGACACCUGCGGCCGCCAGCUCGCCUUCUCCUCCUCCUUCUCCUUCACUCUCACCCGCCCUGCUGCCUCCGGCUCCGAAGGCUUUGCCUUUGUGGUGGCCUUUGAUGCCACCCCGCCCACAACACCGGUGGCGGGCGGCAUGGGGUAUGCGGGGAUGGGAGCGCGCAGCGUGGCAGUGGAGUUUGACACGUCGAUGGAUGCGGGCAACAGCGACCCUGACAGCAACCACGUGGGCAUCAACACCGGCGGCAAUGCCAGGUCGGUGGUCACAGCCAAGCCCAGCACUCCUCUCAAUGACGGCACGCCCAAGCACGUGUGGAUCGACUACGACCCUUCCUCCACUGGCUCCCUGCGCGUCUUCCUCUCCUCCCAGGCGUCCCCUCGCCCCACCACCCCCCUCCUGUCGGCACGCAUCUCCCUGUGUGAGGAGCUCGCCCCCUCCCCAUCGGAUUACACCUUUGCCAUCGGCUUCACUGCUGUCUCCGCCGCCCACCCUCAAAGCCAUGUCGUCUCCGCCUGGACCCUCUCCACUUAUUUUCCUAUCCAGCCAGCACCAGUUGCAGCGCGGGGCUUUACCUUCAGCGAAGCAGCGCUCUCUCUGUCGGGGAUGAACCUUUUCUUUCGUUAUGCCAGCUCGGGCAGUGUUGCCCCCGUGGGCGGCAAUGACGUGUAUGGUGUGCAUCCUGCGGCUUCAUGGGUCAGUCCAAACUUCACAUGGCCUGUCAAGACACAAACCACUUGCGGCGACUGCUGGGCGUACGCAGUGGUGGGCAGCAUCGAGGCGGCACUCGGCAUUCUCGCCAACACCUCAGCGGCGCCGGUGCUGUCAGUGGAGCAGCUGAAGGCCGCCAUGAAGGUUGGCUGCUCUGGCAGCACGCCCUCUCAGGCCUUCCAGCUGCUGCUCAAGCUGGCACGCAAGGGAGGCGGGCUGAUAACGGAGAGCCAGUGGGAGGCUGAGAAAGGCAAGAAACAUGUAAAGGCAGGCAGCAGCAAUCAUUUCUGCUCCCCGUUGCUGAAGCCACUGGCCAACGUGUUCGGUGUGUCGUGCAGCAAUGGCACGGCCAGUCUACAUCAUCUCUCUGGUGGAUUCCCCAUCAGGGGCUUUGAGUCGACGUCCUUCUGCGGCUGGUUUGGGCUGCUGCUGGCCGUGCAGCGGCAGCCAGUGGUGGUGCACAUUGAGGCUUCCGCUGACUCGUUCAAGAGCUACGAUGGGGAUCCCGAUUGCUUCACGUACAACCUGAACCACGUGGUGCUGCUGGUGGGGUACCGCCUAGUGGGUGAGGAUACACGCUUCCCCCACAUGGCGCCGCCCUUCUGGAUCAUCCGCAACUCGUGGGGGGCUGACUGGGGCGAUGGGGGCCAUAUGCGCAUGGACAUCCAGGGGGGGGAUGGUGUGUGCGGCAUCAACUCGCUGCCAGGCCUCUACCCCGUGGUCAGAGGCACCUCUGACCCCUGCAGUAUAACCGCCCGCAAUGAGAGCACUGGUUCCCUCUUCAAUCCCUGCGGCAAGUUCAAGUGCAUUGUGAAGGGCAAGACAAACGAGUGUGACUGCAACGACCCGCGCUUCAUCCAAGCAACCAACGCCGAUGGCUCUCGCACAUGCGCCUACAAGGAUGCAUGCAAGGCAGCCCAGCGCAACCCGUGUGCGGUGGGGCAGUGUGUGAAUGACGGGGCGGGGUCGUACUCGUGUGUGUGUCCACCGGGCUUCAGGCAGGGCACCACCGUCGAUGGCACCUUCUCCUGUGCUCCAGGUGACACCAGCACCACCUACACCGUGCUCUCUCCCAACGUCCGCUGCUCCGAUGUCUUCCCGGUCUACGGCCUCACGCUCACCGAAUUCCAAACCCAGAACCCAUCGGUGUCGUGUGCAGCACCCAUCCCACCCUCCACCAUACUCAAAGUGGCCAGCCCAGCCUCUCUCAUCCCCUGCUCCGUCUUCUACACCACUCAGCAGGGCGACACCUGUGUGGACCUAGCAGUGUACUUCAAAGUGUAUUGGUCCUGCCCAUCUGACACCUGUAACUCAGCCUUCCAGGCGCUCAACCCCAGCUUGGACUGCGAUGCCAACGGCGGGUUGCUGCAGCCCGAGCAGGCGGUAUGUGUGGAGCGCAUAAAGAAUAAAGUGGGGCUCAUCCCGGUGUGCUCGCAGUACUACCUGGUGCAGAGCGCAGAGACGUGCGAGUCCAUCCGCAACGUGCCCUACCCCCCUCUGAGCCCCGUUGACUUCUUCCGACUCAACCCCGGCAUCAAGUGCAACCGCCUCAUUCCAAACACCGAUGUUGGCAGCUUCACUGGCUUUGAGCUCCACUUCGUUCACUCCAAGCACUUCCUCCCUUGCCUUCCCCCACCCUUCCACCCCCCCCAGGCGUGCAUUGCGAGCUCCACUUGUCUUUUCUUCUUCAUUUCACCAACCCCAACCACCACCCUCUUCUGCCCCCCCCAGGCAUGCAUUGCGAGCUCCACGUCGUACACUCAGGGCACGUGCCCGCGUGCGAAUGCGUAUGUGGUGGGGACAGGCGACAGGUGCACGGCCAUUCAGGUGAAGUACUUCCGGGGCAUCAAGGGCUGCUACAGGCACAUCAACGGAUACGACUGCAUCGACAAGCUCGUCAAAUCAACCCGCGUGUGCCUGCCCGACAUCGUCAAGCUUCAGAAAGGAGUCUGCGACAACUGA